GUCGCACCCUGGCUCAACACGUACGUCGAGAUUCGGAUGUGGUUGUCUGAAUCUCUAUGAUUUGACUUCAGCUUUGGUUGAGUCCUCAUGAAAACCCGGGCCAAGCUAUUUGUUUUCUGUCUCACUAGGUGAAAACCACUUUUGGGUGCUCCAUGGCUCCACCAGCGCGGAAUUCUGUUGUGGAGGAGGAUGUAAUAUUUCACAUGAUAAGAUUCGCUGAUACGCCAACCUGGAGCUUGUCGGUUAGGGCACACUUCAUGACCAAUUUGAAAAUCGUCGUGAGUGUUCUGUCUUUAUGGUUCAAUCAAAUUUGUCCUCGCUUGGGCGAGGCUGAAUCUCAGGAGUGUAUUAAUAAAUAUUUGGGUUCCAGUCAUCCUGAGCCGAUGGAGUGUUUUGAAUCACUUCGGUGGAUUGGAUUGGAAUAUGCUCGGGGAGAUAUCGCGGAAGACUAUGCUUUUAUUUCGCGUCGGUCAAGUUGAGCAGAUUUCACAAGCCCAUGUUGAUAAACAACUCAUGUGAUGGUCAAUGACCCUCCACUCGGUCCCGAAUGGCUGAUGUGCCACCCGUGUGAGCGGUAGAAGAGGAUCUCAACAAAACCCAGGAUAUGACAAAAGGGUCAGGUGGAUUCGAGCAGUCGACGACGAAGAGAAACCCGGCAGAACGACCCUCCCACUCAAAACAACAGAUGGACGACGUCCGCCCCGACCAACACCGUCGAUCCCCGACCCCAAGCCUCCUUCGCCCUCUCGACCGCUAUUUCAUUCGGCUCCAGCGGCACGACGCUCCGCGGCAGCGCACCCCACUGCGCAAACGGGCGGAGGCGAUACUUGUCCAGCACCCGCCGCAGUUUCGGGUACGUGCUGUCCGGCGCGGUCAGAAGAUCGAGCGCAAUCAGCUCGCCGAGGCCGCGCCGCGUGAGGAGCGGCAUCGGAUUCGAGUACAGGUGGAUCGGGCGCGGACGGUGCUGCACGACGUGCUCGAUGCCGAAUAUCUCGUACGUGUGCUUCAGGGCUGCGUCGGCGGGCGCUUCGACCGCCCGUGCGGUACCUGGCAGCCCGAGAUGUCGCUUCCCUGUGUCAGAGCAAGUAGCAGCAGCGUUAGUCGACGAGUAUACGACGGCAGGGAGCGACGCACAGACGUUAGCGUGCCACUCGUACCCCAUGUCAUCCCGCAGCCGGGAAUACGCUUCAGGCGCGAGAUAGUCUGUGUGCGCCGUGGCCAGGUGCGCGAAGAUCGCGAAAAUCAGAUCGACGUAGACCGGUGUGUGGCUGAGAUCCUUCGCGAAGAACGGUCCCCACGAGCUCAGAGACGACGUGGGGGACGAGGACGGACCGGGGUUUCUGGGAGGUGGCGGGGGUGCGGUUGGCCUCGGAGGCGGUGGCGGUGGCGGAGGCGGAUGCUGAGUCGGGGGCGGCGGCGGCGGGGGAGGCGAUGGACGAGGCGGGUUGGUUCCAGGUGACGUGGCUGCAGGCGGCGGCCCACCUGACGCAGUCCGAUUCUUCGUCGAGUUCCCACCCCGCCCGAGCGCCUCUUCAGCCAGCUCACUCGCGCUGCGCAUGAACGGCUUCUUCGCAUUCCCAUUGAAGUGCAGCACGCCGCUCCCCUUCACGCUCCCGCCGCUCACUCUGAGGACCUCCACCGCGUGGAUGCGCUCAUGCGACCCCCCAGCGGGGAAGCGCUCGCCCAGUGCGCAGUUGGCGCAGAGAUCGAGGAACGGAGGCGGGCAAACCAGGCAUCGGACGCGCGGGAGUGGAUCGGGGAUAGGGGUGCCGCAUGCGUGGCACGCGAAGGAGGAUGCCGCUGUGGUCUGUGGCGGCGGAGGGCGAUGGGAUUGGGAGUCUGACUGGUGGGUCUGGUGGCCGCGGGCGCUGGCUACGGGCAUGUCGUGCGAGGACGGUCGAAGUAGGUAGAUCUGUCGCACGAAGGCUGUGGGACGCCACCGAGACGUGACAUGGCUUGUCGAGCGACAGUUUCUGGUGAAAAUCGAUGCUCGGUUCGGAGGGCCACAGUAAGGUAUUGGGUGGAAGUUUUCCAGGCAGAUUGCCAGGGCCAAGACGGUGAAAAUACAAACAAGUGGCGGCCUCACACCUGCUCCGACUGAUCAUUGAUGAGGCCCGGUUUGGGUGUGGCUGUGAGAGCUUGUGAUCGAUCCAAACAUGCUG